AUGAGGUUCCUCAAGAUGGCCUCUAAAAAACCAACCGCCGUGUCAAUUGAAGACCUUGCCAUCGUCCCCACGAACGCUCAAUCGAUUGUGGAGACGUACAAGAACUUCAACACGCUCUCUAUACUUUCCCUCGCCGUUUCCCUUAUGGCAACAUGGGAAGGACUCCUGAGCACAUUUGGUCAGGGCCUCAAUGCAGCCGGUCCUGUGUCAUUGGUCUAUGGGUUCAUCGUUGCAUUCAUCGGCAGCACGGCGACCGCCGCGUCUCUAUCCGAACCAGCGUCGAGGUACCCUACGGCUGGCGGCCAGUACCACUUCAUGGCCAUGCUGAGCUCCGACAAGCAUCGGCCUUGGCUUAGUUGGUAUGCAGGCUGGCUGACGAUUCUCGGUUGGCUCGCUUUGACUGCCAGUGCUCCUUUUGCUGGAGGAACUCUGAUCCAGGGCCUCGUCACGCUCAACUACCCGGAUUACGUCCCCGAGAGGUGGCAUGGGACCUUGCUCUAUCUCGCCAUUCUUGCUAUUGCCUUUGCCCUCAACUUAUGGGGAAGCAAGCUGCUUCCACUGAUAGAGAAUGUCAUCAUGGCUCUGCACAUACUCUUUUUCUUCGCCAUACUCAUCGCCGUUGCGGUGCUUCCCCGCAAUAGGAACUCUGCGAGCUUUGUGUUCACAAACUUCCAGAAUAACACAGGUUGGGAGAGUGACGGAAUAGCAUGGUGUAUAGGACUUCUGACAUCUGCCUACAUUACAGUCGGUUAUGACUCUGCGACUCACAUGUGUGAAGAGAUGAAGAACCCUACAAUGGGGGUACCGCGUGCUAUGAUAGGGUCUCUCCUCAUCAACUGCACCAUGGGAUUCGCUGUACUAAUUGCUGUCCUCUUUGGUAUUGGAGACAUCAAUGAGGCGCUUGCAUCUCCAACUGGAUUCCCCAUUAUCACAGUGUUCACGGACAUGACGCGUGGAAAUACGUCAGCGAGCUCAGCCAUGGUCUGCACCAUUAUUAUAUCCGCAUCUUUGGCCACCGUCGGACUGAUCGCUUCGACAUCUCGAUCAUUGUGGGCAUUUGCUCGUGAUGAUGCUCCGCCGUUUAGCCCUUGGCUCGCCAGACUUGAUAAGAAGCGCCAUACUCCUUCUAAUGCAGUGAUUUGCUGUUCCGUUUUCCUGGCUCUCUUGGGCUUACUCAACAUUGCAUCUACGACUGCGUUCACUGCCAUUUUGUCGCUUACCGUGGUUAGCCUGAGCUUGUCCUAUGUGCUGCCGAUUAUUGCUAUGCUCUAUCGUCGAAUCGCAAACGUCGAGAAGAUUUCCUUUGGGCCUUGGCGAAUGUCGCCUGUUCUGGGCACUGUUUUAAAUAUUGUUGCAAUUUCUUACAACAUCUUCCUCUGUAUCUUCCUUCUGCUGCCUCCUAUUCAACCAGUCACGGCUCAGAAUAUGAAUUAUGCUAGUGCUGUUCUUGGAGGGGUCUUGGUUUUUAUUACUGUCGACUGGUUCAUUCGGGGACGAAAGGUGUAUAGUGGACCUCAAUAUCUCUAA